GCUCCCUGUUCUAGCCAGGGAGGGGACAGAGCUGGAGGGGCCGGGUGUGGAGUACCCUGGGCUGGUGGGGAGGUUGUGUCCUCAGCCACAGGGUCUGAUCGGGCUUGCGCAUAGCUGAAGGGACAGCCCUAGGUCUGGGGAAAAGACUCCUGGCCUGUGAGACCCGCCUUCCCCGGCCCCGGCCCCUCCCUGAUCCCCCAGCGACUGCAGCUUCCUGGUCCCCGUCGCAACCAUGGCUGAAGAACAAUCGCAGGUCGAAUUGUUCGUGAAGGCCGGCAGUGAUGGGGCCAAGAUUGGGAACUGCCCCUUCUCUCAGAGACUGUUCAUGGUGCUCUGGCUCAAGGGAGUCACCUUCAACGUGACCACCGUUGACACCAAGAGACGGACCGAGACAGUGCAGAAGCUGUGCCCGGGAGGGCAGCUCCCAUUUCUGCUGUAUGGCACCGAAGUGCACACAGACACCAACAAGAUUGAGGAAUUUCUUGAGGCAGUGCUGUGCCCUCCCAGGUACCCCAAGCUGGCAGCUCUGAACCCUGAAUCCAACACAGCUGGAGUGGACAUAUUUGCCAAAUUUUCUGCCUACAUCAAGAAUUCAAACCCAGCACUCAAUGACAACCUGGAGAAGGGACUUCUGAAAGCUCUGAAGAUUUUAGACAACUACCUGACAUCCCCCCUCCCAGAAGAAGUAGAUGAGACCAGUGCUGAAGAUGAGGGCAUCUCUCAGAGAAAGUUUCUGGAUGGCAAUGAGCUCACCUUGGCUGACUGCAACCUGUUGCCAAAGCUCCACAUUGUACAGGUGGUAUGUAAGAAGUAUCGGGGGUUCUCGAUUCCGGAGGAGUUCCGGGGUGUGCACCGGUACUUGCGCAACGCCUAUGCUCGGGAAGAAUUCGCCUCCACCUGUCCAGACGAUGAGGAGAUUGAGCUGGCCUAUGAGCAAGUGGCCAAGGCCCUCAAAUAAGCCUCCCGUGGGGCUCCCUCGCCCCCUCCAUUCCCUCCACAAAGGCCCUGGGUGGUUUCCACAUGAAUACCCAACGGACACACUCCAAAAUGGCCAGUGGGCAGGGAUUCCUGGAACAUGUGUAGGGCAGGCUGGGAGGGUGAGGGAAAAGGAUGGGAGACCAGGGUGAGGUUUGUAUUGUGGGAUGGGGUGGGUAAGACAGCGUAUUUCACUAAUAAAAUGCAGAAUGAAAA